GAUGCAAUAAUUGAUCUACUCCCAAGUGGUCGGCAUGAUGUGGGGAAGACACCGAGGCAGGAGAGCCACCGAACGCUCACCAACUCCCUCCCCCACAAAUGGGUGAUCUUUUCUCUGUUAAUGUCACAUCGUUCGUGAGUCUAUAAGAAGACCAGUCUGGUGCCCGUCUCUGCGUGUCUUACGCAAGAAGAAUCUAGUCUCCUUCGACAAGAAAGAGAAGACAACCAUGGCGGGUGUGCAGAACGGCAAUUGCAGCAGCUUCGCCGACAGAUGGUCUCUGGUUGGAGCCACGGCUUUGGUCACCGGAGGCACAAAAGGAAUCGGGUUCUGCAUAGUCGAGGAAUUGGCUGGAUUUGGGGCAGCCGUGCACACCUGCUCCAGGAACGAAGCGGAGCUGAACAAGUGCUUGCAGGAAUGGAAGAAGAAGAAUUUUAAGGUCACGGGCACCGUCUGCGACGUCUCCUCUCCGGCCGACAGAGAGAGGUUGAUCGAGGAGGUGAAGACCGUCUUCGAUGGCAAGCUGAACAUCCUCGUUAAUAAUGCGGGAACGGGGUAUCCGAAGCCGGUCACGCAGUGCACGCCCGGAGACUACAAGUUCAUGACCACCACCAACGUGGAGUCAGCCUUCGCUAUGUGCCAAUUGGCUCACCCGCUCCUCAAGGCGUCGGGAAGAGGCAGCAUCGUGUUCAAUUCCUCCAUCUCCGGCAUCAUGGCUUUGGAGUUUCUAUCCAUCUAUGGGAUCACCAAAGGAGCACUGAACCAGCUCGCCAGGAGCCUCGCGUGUGAGUGGGCCAAGGACAACAUCCGUGUCAACAGCGUCGCCCCCGGUGCCAUCGACACCCCGCUCAUGAAGCCCGCGUUCGAGAACAAGGAGUUCGUGACAAGGGAGUCGCACAACGUGCCGCUCGGUCGCCUUGGCGUGCCGGAGGACGUGGCACCGGUGGUGGCCUUCCUCUGCCUCCCCGCCGCUUCCUACAUCACCGGCCAAGUCGUCGUCAUCGAUGGAGGUCGCACUGUGAAUGGUUACUACUAGAAAUGCCCAAACAGUGUGUGGAAUUAAUUACAUGUUUGCUGAGUUCAACCACGGACUGUAAUAAGCAGAUCACAUCGUCUUGCAACUUCCAUUUAUCUAUGCAGACUCCAUGGAUUUGUAACCUUAUGUUCUUACUUGAUUCCAUUUCCUGUGUUCUAAUUACAAAAUGAUGGUGUCAUUUGCUGGUCUCUAA